AGGUAACCGCGGAAUCACUGUGCUGCGCUUUUAUUGGAACAAUCUUAGAUAGUAGGCACAAAACUGUGAACCUCCAGCUAAGAACAGACGUUUGUUAGCCGUCCCGUUAUUCUGUUGACGAGCAGGAUUCCACCUCCUGUUAUCAUGCCGCACACAAUCUUGCUAAUCCAGCCAGCUCGAGGGCACGAGUCAAGGACCUACACUGACUACGAGACGGUACAAGAGUGCUUGGAAGGAAUAUGCAAGAUCUAUGAGGAGCACCUACGUCAGCUGAACCCUCACUCACCCUCCAUCACCUACGACAUUAGCCAACUCUUCAAGUUCGUCGACGACCUUUUCGAUCUCAGCUGUCUCGUUCACCAACCGUCCGCAGCCUCCUACAUCCCUCACAACAAAGAGUGGCUCAAAGAGAAGAUUUAUGGGAUGCUCAAGAUACAGGCAGGGAGCAGGAACUAGCCUCCUAAUAUGUAACUCUCGGACUACCACCAACACACGCACAUACAACACGCACCUCCAACUCCAACCUUACUGUGUCUUGCACUUUGCCUAAUAUUAUUGUGUAUGUAUGUACUACACUUCCCUCUGGGGCCAAUCUUGCGUGAUGCCUUCCCUGUGUUUUCUCACAGUCAGCUGUUCGUGCCUAACUUAUCAACUGCUCUUAUUGAUGCAGACAUG